CCAAGCUUUACCAGAUCCACUACAGAUUCAUAAUAACUGGUUAGAUGAGAAAAAUGGUAUGAAAAAAUUUCCACCAGUCUACAUAUCUGACAUUGUAAAGUACUUAAGCGAAAAAAAUACAUCUGGUAAAAUGAAGGAGAUUCUCCAAGACUAUAAAAUUGGCAAGGCUUAUGAAUAUUUUAAAAAUGGAUUCUUGCAACAAAUAUUCUAUCAUGACAUUGAUGCAAGAUCCAAGAACUGUUUUCUAAGAGCAAAAUGUGUGCCUUCACAAAAAAUAAAAGAAGAAGAACAUGAUGUCUGGGUGUGUGUUGAGAAAGCAACAGGAGAAAUUGGAUCCUCAUACUGCACAUGCACAGCAGGUUUGGGAAGAACAUGUAAUCAUGUCGCUGGACUCCUUUUCCGAGUUGAGGCUGCAAACAAACUAGGUGCAUCUGCAUGUACUUCCCUCCCCUGCACAUGGAAAGUACCGUCAAGAAUAAAGGGAGUGAAGCCAACUAAAAUUAAAGAUUUGAGAAUCUUCAAGUCAAGACAUGGACAAUCAGAUAGUAAAAGACCUUUAGUUUGCCAGUCCAAGUUGCAGUACCAGCCCAUACCUGAAAGUAGAGACAACCUGGACACUUUUUCAGCAGUACUCAAGAAGUCUAUCCCAAAUGCUUGUAUUUUCAAAGGUUUUGUCACAGAAAGUGUAGAAGAAACAGUAACCAAACCAGUUAGUGAAGACAUCACAGCCUACACAAUACAAGACAUUAAAACAAAAUGUAACAACCAAACUGACUUUUUAAGCAACAUGCCAAAGUAUACUCAGAGUGAAAUUCAAAAAGUAAUGCGUUCUACGGUUGGUCAGUGCAGCAAUGAAAAAUGGCAUGAAAUAAGAUCGGGUCGUCUGACAUCAUCGAAUUUCUACGAAAUACAUACAAAAGUGCAGAGUUAUAAGAAAAAAGAGGGUGUUACUUUUGAUCCAUUAAUUUCACGACUCAUGGGAUACAAAAAGUUAAAUCCUAACAUAAGGUCUCUUAAGCAUGGGCGAGAAAUGGAACCAGAAGCCAAAUCAUGUUACCUUGUGGGAGGUGUGUACCAGGAAUAA